UAAUUUUGAUGAAUUGAUGACAUUUUUGUUUAUAAAUAAGAAGUCAAAAUAGAGAUGGAAAAUAUAAAUUGUUUUUUAUUUGGUAUUUCAUUCAAUUGGUGAACUUAACUGAGAUUGUUAUGUAGGAUUAUAUUUUAUGCACAAGAACAUUUGUAUAUUUUUGACGUGCUACGUCUGUACAUGUGAAUAAAGUAAAAAUACACUAAACGGUCAAAAUGGGAGAUGGAAGGGAAGAAUACACUGAUUGGCAGGAGUUCGCAAAUCAAUGUACCGAAAAUCUAGAGUUGUUGGAGCCUACUGAUUUAUAUAAUUUAUUGCAGCAAUCAACUGUAUAUUCAAAUUUAAGCGACCCAAAUUUUCUCCUACUUAUAGAUGCUAGAGACAAGAAUGAAUAUAAUGAGAGUCAUGUUGUUACAGCUAAAAAAGCACAAAAGGAUAAAACAGGUCAUUUUAUGGUGCCAUAUGAUGGGGAAUUAGAAUGUAAACAGAAUGUGGUUGUAUAUGAUAGUAAAUCAUCAACACUUAGAGAAGAAGAUUUUCCUCCUGCUUUACUUUGUGGAAUGAGAAUGUGGGAUAAUGGCAGCAGAAAUAAAGUGAAAAUCUUAAAAGGUGGAUACGAAGAAUUUUCAAAACUAUAUCCAUUUUUACGAACACAAAAGAUAAUGUUUAUGCCUAAGGAAAUGGAUGAAAUUAAACCAUACCCAAUAGAAGUUAUACCAGGUCUGUUGUACUUUGGAAACUGGAAACAAGGCAAUGCUGAAUACAUCCAGAAAGAUCUGAAAAUAAAAGGCCAUGUCAACUGUUGUGUAGAGGCGGAAACAUUUUUUUCAGAGCCAGGUCCACAUUUAUUACACUGUCAAGUAUCAGAUGACAAUGAUGCUGAUUUAUAUAGUAAAUUCCAAACAGCUUGUCAGUUUAUAGAUACUCACAUAGAAAAGAAUGAAGCUGUCCUUGUAUUUGACAACUUAGGAAUUAGUCGAUGUGUUACAGUUGUGGUAGCCUUUUUGAUGCGUCAUUUCAAGAAAUCAUUAGAGGAUGCAUAUAAUAUGGUAUUAAGCUGUAGCAAUACAGUAAGACCCUACAGAGGAUUCAUAGAACAACUAUCUAAAUGGGAGCAAGAUGUACUUGGCAAAAAGACAACAAAUAUUGAUGAUCCAAAUUACUAAAUGCAUGACAUCACCAAAAUGUGUACUUGUAAAAUUUAUCUAAAAGAGAUCAUGUCAAAACACAUUAUGUUUACAUUGAACUAAGUAAUGGUGUUUGCUGUGCCCUGAGAGAUACAAAGUAGUGGCCUACAUUUAUUUUACUGAUAAAAGGCUACUGCCAUAACAGCUGUGUUGUACUGAAGCAAAAUGUUUCAUUUGUCAAACUAAAUGGCAUUGUGCCAAAAAUUAGGUCUUUAUCUAUUUUGUUAAAGUAAACCUAGAAUAAGACAAAGCUCACCAUAAGAGAACAGUGAAUGAGUAGCUUUAAUAUUAUUUAUUUUGUCUCGGUUAAUUUACACAUCAGAUUUUUACUCUCUGUAUAUUUAAAAAUAAAAAAAUGUAGAAUUGUCUCUUUAUUAUAUAUUCAUGUACACUUAUGAAGAUCUUAAGGGGGCUCCUGGGUAUAAAUGAAUUUUUUAUCCUAAUAUAGGAUUUCGCUAUAUUUUUUCAUAAAUGAACUUUAUCAUUUACUUCAAAGAAAAUUGAAAUAAAAAAAUGGAGUCACCGUUUAUUUAAGCUAAAAUCUGCCUCUGGAAGAAGCAUACAUUUUUGUUAAUGUCCUUUUUUUCUGUUGAACUAAUAGGAGAAAAAGAGGAAAUAUAGUAAUAAAAAAAUAACCUAAUAUAAGAAAUCGCUUAAAUUUUACAAUUAUUUAGUUUAUGUACAGCUUAUUUGAAAACAAUAAUAAAAAAUAUAGGUCACCGAUGAGUUGAAAAAGAUAUUUCAAAUUUAAGGCCAAAAAAAUGGCAUUUUUGCACCAAAGGGAGAUAAUUUGGAGCUUUUUCAAUUUUUAAAGUCAUCUGGGGCCAAACCAAAUCAUUUUUUUUUUUGUACCAUAUCAUAAAGUAACAACUAGUAGUGUAAUAAAUAGAAUUUGUAAUGAAAAAAUUAAGGUUUAAUUUUGCUAAAAUUUUUGUACCCACGAGCCACCUUAAUAUGUGCUCGAUAAAGGUAAAUGUUGUAGUUAUUCCUUAUUCAAAAAAAACAUUUAAAAACUAGCUAAAUGAUACCAUAAUUUUACUUUUACCAUAGUAGAAUACCUGUAUUCAUAUUAAUAAAUAAGGGUAAAUACAAGUGCUCUUUUCACAAAAAAUGUUGACAUAAAUUACUAGGAACUUUCACUGAAAUGUCAAUGACUUAUGAAUCUUUUUACUCAUAAGAUUUAUUGAGAAAUGAAUGGCAUAACUUUUCUCUAAUUGAGUCAGUUAAGAUCCAGAAUGCCAAUAUUAUGUCAUGUUGACGAAUUACAUAAAGCAUAAGCUGCCAAAUUGCUUUUUUUUUGUUUUGUUUUGUUUUGUAUUGCCUAUAAUAUGUUAUAUAUGAUACAUAAUGUAGAUCUGUAAACAUCCUGAAAUUUUCUCUAUAGAUGAUAUUCCCCUAAAAAUUCUCCUUGUCCCUGGCAUGAUGAACUUCAUUGCAUCUAGCAUGGAUUAAAAGAAAAGGAAUUGGACUGUUCAGACAGUGUUUAUAGAAUUCAUGAGUGAGUCUAGAGCUGUUGCUAUGAAUUUUUAUAAAAUUUAAAGUUUGGCCCAGUUUUAGCACUAGGUCCUUAUUCCAUUUUAUAAGCACUAACUCUGUUGCUUUAUACACUAGGAAGACCAUUAUAACAAAGUGAACAUUCAGAAAUAUGUAAAAUGUCUUUUAAUAAUUAUCUGACAAAACUGUGUUAAAUUGUUUCCGUAAUAAUUCAACUGUAUGUGUUCUUUUUUGAUGUUCAGGUUGUUAUAUUUGUUUUGAUAUUGCCUAUCUUUGCUAUUUUGUUUAUUUUUUUCAAAUAGGCAAUAUAGAUAUGGUCACCAAUAUUUGUUAAUUUCUGUGUCAUUUGGUCUCUUGUGAAGAGUUGUCUCAUUGGCAUUUACACCACAUCUUCUUUUUUUUUAAUAUAUAUUCUCUUUUACUUUUAAUAAAUUACAGGUUUUAAAUUUGUAUGUAUUGAGAAUAGACUGUUGCUUUUAAAGUGAGGUCUCAAAUAAUUUCAGUUAAUAUUGUAAAUGGGAAAAAAUUACUGAACUAUAUUUAAGAAGUGGAAAUCAUGUAAUAAUUUAUUAUUUUUAACAAGAUUAUUGAAUCAUUAGUUAUUUUUUACAUGCUUUAUUAUGACAACUGUUUAUCUGUGAUAUUUAUAUAUGUACAUGUAGUUAAUGUUAUAAUCAUUAUCAAUAAAAUCAUUCUUUUUA